CCUUUGUUACGAAAUGAAAAGUCACUGAAAUAGAAACUUUGUUCUUUGUUUUGAUAAACCAAUGAACGGCGCGACAUGCUACCACUUGGAUUCCCAAUGUGAAGGAGAAUACAGGUACAUUUUUAGCAGAAGUAUAGCAUCAUUAAAAUGUGGAUUAAAUUGAGAGGGAAAAGGCUAAUUCUUAUUUUAGGCCUGUUUCUUUGCUUGACGACACUAGUUUUUUAUGGAGGGACUUUGUAUGGAAAGCAAUUGCAUUCCACAGUGACAAGCGAACGGAAAACAAACGGACUUGAAAAUGACAGGGAAAAUGUAGAACAGAUUGCUUAUGAAGUUGCUCGCAUUUCAAAGAAGCAAACCUCGAAUGACUACCUUGACAAGGAUACUAAAGUCAUCCUUCUUUACUCCACAUUUUUCUUUCAAAGACAUUGGUCUUGGAUGGUUGGGAAGCAAACGCUCGAGCACUUUGGUUCGUGUGAUCGGUACAAAGAUUGUCUUGUGACAUAUGACAUGAGCUGGAUAAAUGAUGCACAUGCCGUUUUGUUUCAUGGAAGGGACUUAGAAGCGGACUAUAAAAGACAAUACCAACCUGAACAGUUGAGACGAGUUCAAGACAAAAUUUCAAAGAAGGAUCAAAAAUGGAUAUACCUAAGUCACGAGAACCCAAAGAAUGAUCCAUUAAUGUAUGGCAAAUAUAAUGGGAUUUUUCACUGGCUUGCAACCUUUGAUCGGAACUCCAACAUAUUUAUCCCUUACACAAAUUACAUUGCUAAGAAGAACCCCCAUAAAGUGACUCGAAAUUAUGCGAAAGAAAAAACUGGCCUAGUUGCAUGGGCAGUCAGCAACUGUGGGCUGCUACGAGAGGACUAUGCCCUCGAGCUUCAAAAAUAUAUUACUUUAACGGUGUAUGGUUUGUGCAGUAAACGGUUCAAAAACCAAAGAAGCUGUGCUCAUUUUAAUGAUGCUUGCAGCAAAGAACUCUCAACUUAUAAAUUCUACCUUGCAUUUGAAAACGAUUUUUGCCAUGAUUACGUCACCGAAAAAUAUUGGGAAAGAAUCACUCAGAAUGUUGUUCCAGUGGUAAUGGGUGCAAAUUAUGACAAAGGAGUUGCUAUUCCAGGAUCAUACAUAGAUGCCAGUGAAUUUGAGUCAAUCCAAAAACUAGCUGAGUAUCUACUGUAUCUUGACAAAAAUGAUGAUGAGUAUAACAAGUACUUUGCAUACAAGGGGAAAUUUGAGCUUGGGAAUGGUAGCAUUUAUUGCCCAAUUUGUGCAGCUCUACAUGAGCAGAAACCCGGUGAAUCUUCUACUGCUAUUGAUUUAGGAAAAUUAUUUAAUUAUGAAAAAAAUUGUGGCAUUUACAAACCAAAAACAGAGAAGCUGCGUAAACAAAUAGAAGAGUCUCGAAAAAAUAGGCCUGCAUAAUAGCUUGCAAAUGGUGCAAGAAACUGAAUAAGUUAAUGCCACUCAGCUGAGGUUUUGAGUUUAAGCAAAAUCGGUUCAGGCAUUCUUCAUGAAACAAUGACAUUAUGGAUAAAGAUUAAUGAAACAAUGUUGUUAUCAUCUGUAUGCUGAUAAAAUGGUGGUAUAUUGCAUAACACAUCAUGAAAUUGCAAAACAUUCAGGGAAUGGCAAUCUUUCAAUAUCACAAAUUUGUAGAAUGAAAAAUCAAAUUAAUAAUAUUGGCACAAAGUGGCAGUUUGGAGACAUCAGAGUGCAAACAAACUAUUUAUGUUUCAAAUUUCAGUGUUUAAAUGUAUUGAAAUGCAGUAAUAAUUUUUCACAUUCAUAGGUACAAAAAUAUUGUAGAAAACUAGUAAAUUCAGUUCAGAAAUCAACCCUAAAGUA